CCUGUGCAGAGCACUGCCCGGCGGCUGUGAAAGGCAGUGGUGGCCACGGAGGUGGUGGAGAAAUGGCUUUCUGCGGAGCCCAGCCUCCCUACCUGAGCCCGAUCGUCCCCUUUUCUGGGAUAAUCCAAGGAGGUCUCCAGGAGGGACUCCAGAUCACUGUCCAGGGGACCGUUCUUCACUCCUUUGAAAACAGGUUUGCUGUGAACCUGCAGACUGGCUUCAGUGACAAAGACAUCGCUCUCCACUUCAACCCUCGGUUUGAAGAGGGAGGGUAUGUGGUCUGCAACACGAAGCAGAGAGGAUGCUGGGGGCCUGAGGAGAGGAAGAUGCAGAUGCCCUUCCAGAAGGGGAAGCCCUUUGAGCUCUGCUUCCUGGUGCAGAGCUCAGAGUUCAAGGUGAUGGUGAACAAGAACUUCUUUGUGCAGUACGCACACCGUGUCCCCUUCCAUCGCGUGGACACCAUCUCCAUCACUGGGCCUUUGCAGCUGUCCUACAUCAACUUCCAGAGGUCUCCCGUCCAGCCGGCCUCAUCCUCGAUGCAAUUCUCCCAGCCUGUUCGUUUCCCACCAAAACACAGGGUGCGCAAACCAAAACCUCCAGGCAUUUGGCCUCCAAACUCGGCUCCCAUGACUCAAACUGUCAUCCACACAGUGCACAGCGCCCCAGGACAGAUGUUCCCUAAUCCUGGAAUCCCGCCUAUGGUGUACCCCAACCCAACCUAUCCGAUGCCUUUCUUCACCAGCAUACCGGGUGGGCUGUACCCAUCCAAGUCCAUCAUCGUGUCAGGCACUGUCCUGCCAAGUGCUAAAAGGUUCCACAUUAACCUGCGCUCUGGGAGUGACAUCGCCUUCCACCUGAACCCCCGUUUUGAUGAGAACGUUGUGGUCCGCAACACCCAGAUCAACAGCUCUUGGGGGUCUGAGGAGCGAAGCCUGCCCAGAAAAAUGCCCUUCACUCGAGGCACCAGCUUCUCGGUAUGGAUCAUGUGUGAAAGUCACUGCCUCAGGGUGGCCGUGGAUGGUCAACACCUGUUUGAAUACUUCCACCGCAUGAAGAACCUGCCGGCCAUCAAUAACCUGGAAGUGGCAGGUGACGUCCAGCUGACCCACGUGCAGACAUAGGUGGGCUCCCUGGCCUGAGGAUGAUGACUGGGACGUGGUGCUGAGUUUCCUCCUCAUCUUCACUCCCCUGUCUCAGCCCUGGUCCCCCAAAUCCUACUGUCCAAGAAGAGAGGCAUGCCAGGUGUUCAGUACAGGUGAAGCUGUGUCACUCCCCUCGGCAGAGAGGGAGGUUCCUGAGCCUUCCGAGUGCCUAGCCCAGGCCUACGCUGAAUGUGGCGUUCAACCACAUUCCUGUCCUGGGCUCAACUCCAGUCCCCAGCCAGAGCUCCGUACUCCCAGCAGUGAGGGGACCGCCUCGGCCCCACCCCUUUCUCAGAUAACCUCGUUCCCUCUCAACCUGCACCCUGCUUGGCCCCCCACCCCUCCAGGAAGCUACCCUGAUUACAUCCCACUGUCUUCCACCUAUUUUCUUAGCAGGGUCUCUCCCCUUUCCCCAAAAUAAAGAAAUUGAAAUAAAAAUGCUUGCUGGCACAUGC